AUGAAACUAGAAAGCAAAUUCUUCAUCAUUAUCAUAUAUACCAUCAAUAUACCAUUGUCAUCAUCAUCACCACCACCAUCAUCAUCAUCACCACCAUCAUCACUACUAUCACCACCAUCAUCAUCAUCAAUAUCAUCAUCAUCACCAUCAUCAUUACUAUCACCACCAUCAUCAUCAAUAUCAUCAUCAUCACCAUCACUAUUAUCACCACCACCAUCAUCAUCAAUAUCAUCAUCAUCACUAUCAUCAUUACUAUCACCACCAUCAUCAUCAAUAUCAUCAUCACCAUCAUCAUCAAUAUCAUCAUCACCAUCAUCACUACUAUCACCACCAUCAUCAUCAUCAAUAUCAUCAUCAUCACCAUCAUCAUUACUAUCACCACCAUCAUCAUCAAUAUCAUCAUCACCAUCAUCGUCAAUAUCAUCAUCAUCACCAUCAUCACUAUUAUCAUCAUCAUCAUCAUCACCAUCAUCAUUACUAUCACCGCCAUCAUCAUCAAUAUCAUCAUCAUCAUCAUCAUCAUCAUCAUCAUCACCAUCAUCACUACUAUCACCACCACCAUCAUCAUCAUCACCACCAUCAUCAUCAAUAUCAUCAUCAUCACCACCAUCAUCAUCAAUAUCAUCAUCAUCACCAUCAUCAUUACUAUCACCACCAUCAUCAUCAAUAUCAUCAUCAUCACCAUCAUCAUCAAUAUCAUCAUCAUCACCAUCAUCAUUACUAUCACCACCAUCAUCAUCAAUAUCAUCAUCAUCAUCAUCAUCAUCAUCAUCACUACUAUCACCACCAUCAUCAUCAAUAUCAUCAUCAUCACCAUCAUCAUUACUAUCACCACCAUCAUCAUCAAUAUCAUCAUCAUCAUCACCAUCAUCACUACUAUCACCACCAUCAUCAUCAAUAUCAUCAUCAUCAUCACCAUCAUCAUCAAUAUCAUCAUCAUCACCACCAUCAUCAUCAAUAUCAUCAUCAUCACCAUCAUCAUUACUAUCACCACCAUCAUCAUCAAUAUCAUCAUCACCAUCAUCAUCAAUAUCAUCAUCAUCACCAUCAUCACUACUAUCACCACCAUCAUCAUCAUCAAUAUCAUCAUCAUCACCAUCAUCAUUACUAUCACCACCAUCAUCAUCAAUAUCAUCAUCACCAUCAUCGUCAAUAUCAUCAUCAUCACCAUCAUCACUAUUAUCAUCAUCACCAUCAUCAUUACUAUCACCACCAUCAUCAUCAAUAUCAUCAUCAUCAUCAUCAUCAUCAUCAUCAUCACUACUAUCACCACCACCAUCAUCAUCAUCACCACCAUCAUCAUCAAUAUCAUCAUCAUCACCACCAUCAUCAUCAAUAUCAUCAUCAUCACCAUCAUCAUUACUAUCACCACCAUCAUCAUCAAUAUCAUCAUCAUCACCAUCAUCAUCAAUAUCAUCAUCAUCACCAUCAUCAUUACUAUCACCACCAUCAUCAUCAAUAUCAUCAUCAUCAUCAUCAUCAUCAUCAUCAUCAUCACUACUAUCACCACCAUCAUCAUCAAUAUCAUCAUCAUCACCAUCAUCAUUACUAUCACCACCAUCAUCAUCAAUAUCAUCAUCAUCAUCACCAUCAUCACUACUAUCACCACCAUCAUCAUCAAUAUCAUCAUCAUCAUCACCAUCAUCAUCAAUAUCAUCAUCAUCACCACCAUCAUCAUCAAUAUCAUCAUCAUCACCAUCAUCAUUACUAUCACCACCAUCAUCAUCAAUAUCAUCAUCAUCACCAUCAUCAUCAAUAUCAUCAUCAUCACCAUCAUCAUUACUAUCACCACCAUCAUCAUCAAUAUCAUCAUCAUCAUCAUCAUCACUACUAUCACCACCAUCAUCAUCAAUAUCAUCAUCAUCACCAUCAUCAUUACUAUCACCACCAUCAUCAUCAAUAUCAUCAUCAUCAUCAUCACCAUCAUCAUCAAUAUCAUCAUCAUCACCACCAUCAUCAUCAAUAUCAUCAUCAUCACCAUCAUCAUCAAUAUCAUCAUCAUCACCAUCAUCAUUACUAUCACCACCAUCAUCAUCAAUAUCAUCAUCAUCAUCAUCAUCAUCAUCACUACUAUCACCACCAUCAUCAUCAAUAUCAUCAUCAUCACCAUCAUCAUUACUAUCACCACCAUCAUCAUCAAUAUCAUCAUCAUCAUCAUCAUCACCAUCAUCACUACUAUCACCACCAUCAUCAUCAAUAUCAUCAUCAUCAUCAUCAUCAUCAUCACCACCAUGA